GUUCCUAGUAGCGUCAUGGUAUCAGGUGGCUCCAGCCAUCUCCUGGUUACUGCCGGGUGAAACCCAGAGCGACUUCUUUCAGCAGCUGAACUUCACUCGACAGAAACUAUUCUUCCCCACUCAAUACUUUUGUCCCUGUCGGGGCUAAUCCCAACAUCAACAAGCUCUUCCAAACCAACAUCCCUCCGGGCCGCGCCUCGAGAGGCGGACGGAUGCUGGGCGACGGGCGGGAGAGGAUCAGCACCACGGCCAGAGCCCGGCGCCCCCCGGUCGGCGGCAGCAGGCGCCGAGGGGGACCCAGGAGCGCCGAGGAAGCGUGGAAGAGGGAAUUUCUGCCUCGAUGCUGACGGUUUUUAUGGGGACCAGGCGCCAAAGAAAAGUUCAAAGCAUGAUAUUUGACCUCCUCAACCACAUUUUAAACCGAGGAAAGAACAAAGCUCUUUCACUGAUACAAACGGAAUAGAAAAAGAACUUCUGCAUUACUAUCAUGCUCUUCACAAUGUACUAGACUGAAAGCAAUUGGUGCAGCCAUAGGCUUAUUUUUUCUCCUCACUUCAGUAAGUGGUAAUUUUUUUUUAAUCUACUGAGGGCAAAAGUAACAGCUACUGAUUACCAAAUCUAGUGUUAAAUUAAGGAGCUGAAAGAGAAAGAGUAUAAAGAGAAGGAAGUGACACACUAUGUUCAAAAAGAUCCAUUCUAUCUUUCACCCCAACUUUCACAGAAGAAAUGUGGCAGAUAACAUCCCUUACUGUGAUGGCACAGGUUCUGCAGUGAGACUGAUCCGCAGCACUUCUAUGUAUGUCCUUGGAGGCGAGCAGGAAAAAGUUAGUGAACCACUAAAGAAAUGCAGAAGUACAACCAGCAUCGACUCUUGUUUUCAGCCAAAAGAGGAAGACAGAGACUGGAUGUACUCUAAGACUCAGGACUGCUUGAAGUACCUACAGGAUUUGUUAGCCUUGAGGAAAAAAUAUCUUGACAACAUCAAUAACUUGAAAUCCAUGCAUAUGGCUGCAGCUUCUCCAAUGUCUACAAAAUCAUCCAAAACUGGAAAGAAGUCAUUUAUUCCACUUCCUUCCAAAGAGUCUUCUAAGGCAUCCAUGGAGAGAAAAGGUCCACAGCCCAGUUCAGAUGUAAGAGAAGCAAUAGCUUUCUUUGACUCGGUCAUUGCAGACCUGGAUUCAGAGAGAUGGCUGAGAGUUCCUGAUGCAGAUUUGCCAAAUGUGGAUGUUGAUUUUGAUGUUGCUACCAGUACAAGUGAACACAGUUUGCAUUCAAAUUGGAUCCUUCGUGCUCCCCGGAGAUACUCACAAGAUACUGCCCAAAAUGCAAAGGCUGCAAACCAAUCUCAAAGAAACAGCCAGCGGAGAACCACUGGCUCUAGGAAGAGGUUGGAAAGACAUCCCAUGUACUUGCCCAAAGCUGUGGAAGGGGCAUAUAGCACUUUAAAAUUUAAACCUAAAACAUGUAAGAAGGAAUGUUGAAAGAAUAUUCCCUCUUCACUUGAAAAGGGAAUAUAUGAAAUAGGGCAUGUAAUACUUGCCUUUUUUUUUCCCCUACUGAUCCAUAUCUUACACUGUAGAAAUGAUGUGUGCAGUCACUGAAGAUUCUUUGUGUGGAACAUAUUUUAAGCCAUGGCUAUUCUGACUUUGGACACAUAUGAGGGUUUAACUUACCAAGUUAAUUGUGCCUAACAAUACUGCUUUGUCACUCAGCCUGGGGGGAACUCCAAUCUGACAAGACUUUUUUUUAGUGCUGUUAUUGAAAGCAAUGAUUCAGAUUGCCUGGUGCAGUAAUUUUUCUUCUAACUCCAGUACUGUAAAGGACUUCAAGGAAUUCUGUGAAUAUGUUGGAACUUUUGCACCAGUGUUUCCAGCUUCAGAGCAGUGAAGCAGAAUUUUCUCCUUCUGUUACUUGUGAAAAUUUGUAUGUGCCAUUAUUGACUCUGUGAUCUGAGAAUAAGCAGCACUGAGAUACAAUCAGACUGUGGUACAAGCAGAAAGGAGCUGCAGUGAAGUAAUCAGAAUUAGAAACUUGUGUUUGGAGGAAUUGCUCCAGUGUGUUUUGUAAAAAACAAGCUAUAUUGUACUCUAUUUGCUAUUGGAGAUGGUUCUGUUCUUGGAUACAUCAAGGGAUUCACUGCCUCCAAAAUAUAUACAACUUUUUUCAUAUGGUUACACCACCUGCUAAUUUUCAUCUAUUUUAACACCCAACUGCCGAAUCUAGACAUCCCAGUGUACACUAGAAAAGCUUAAUGUCUUGGAGAAAAACAUUUUGUGAAUAAAUUGGAGCGAAGGUUGUUCUCAAGGGCAGAAGAUAAUUUGCAGACAAAGCCACCACAUCAGCUUUAGAUUAUACCCAAUAUUUGUAAUUCUACUGCUUCAUUAUUAAAGACUAUAUAUUAGGAAAAAAACAGUCUGGAAGUGUUCCUCUUCAUCUUAGAGCUGACAUGUCUUCCAUGUGAUACUUGGAAUUAUUAAGACCUAUUCUCUACUUGUUUGACUGAUGUACAGCAAUGUAAAAAUGCAUAAAAAGUGACCAGGAGACAGCACCCUAUGGAAACACUAGCUAUGGUUCUUCAGCAAUUCCAUUACUAUCACAGUAAUCCAUCUGAGCCACAUCCCCCAGCACACACUUGGUUUUAAGAAUUUGCUGAGGUGUUUGGGAUCAAGCCUUUACUUACUCUUUUUUUUCAUCUGGUGUUCAGUUGGUGCUUGACUGUGACAGAUGGAUUGUGGUGGCACUGGUAUGACCAGCUGGUGAAUCGCUACUCGUUUCUUGUUUCUAUGUUCAGUAGUUUUUUUGUCCACAAGCUUGGGUGAAUUUCCUGAGGCACUGGCCAUCAAUGUAGCCCAUCUGAUAUAAAAAACCCUCCAUAAACCUUGUGCCUGCCACACAGAACAUUUGGCAGGUGGCAAUUCUUGUUGAUUUGUAUUCCUAGUCUUUGGGACUGAGUUAUUCAGACAGCAUUUCUGCCAUGAGCUGCAAGUACCUCUGAGAACUUGCUGAUCUAGGCCACUUUCUGUCAUAAGAUAGGAAAGUGCCAAAAAACCCAUAUGGUCCUCCAUUCAGAGCUGGCAUCUCCUGUUUGAUUAAAGCAUUUUGAUUCUUUUUCUAGUGGUGUUUGUGAAGGGAAGAGAAGAAUUCUUUCACUAUUAAUUCUGGAAGUGCUUUUGCUGCUCUUUGCUUAGUGUGUACCCUCUUGAAAUUGACCAGUGUAAUCAAUAUAAUUGAUAUAUAUUAAAGAAGAGUUUAAAUUAAGGUCUAAAUUUUGUCUCCCUGCUCU